AUGCGUCUUCGAUCCCACACACGCCUCCAGCAGCCCCCAGAAGCCCACCCGCCUGUGCUUCGAGCGGCUGCGAGGCCUCUCGCCCGCCUCAGAGGACCGCAGGCGACUGGACCGUCCGCGUCCUCUGCAAGCAGCGUCUCGUGCAUCUCCUUCGGUAUGUUCGACAGCGUCUCGCCCCACAACCCCGGCCAACUCUUCUGUCCGGAGGGGAUGCCGGUGUCGCGGGCAGUUGGCUACUCGCCGUCCUUCUACUGCUACGGCUGCGGACGCAACAUGACCACCGGCUCAAGUCUGUCGAGCGUUGCGGGCAGUCCGCCGGAGUCGCUGGUUGGGUCCAGACAGCGGCCGAAGGUGUGCUACUCAUUCACCCGAUCUGUGGAAUUCUAUCGAUCGACACGGGCAACUAGGAGGGCGUAUGUUUGUCCCGGAGUGCGCCGCAGUUUAUCCUAUCAGUCUCAUGCGACCGAGACCAGACGGCGCCAGAGCUCUUCACCAAUCACCCAUCGACCGAUGCUCACCGCGGAGCCUGUGUGUCGGGCGUCGAAAGUUCUGCGACGCCAGUCCGUGAAGCCUCGCUGUCGACGUCGCAGACAGCGCCGCACCACCGAGGCAGUUUCCACGUCCGCGGCCGCCAGCCGAAUGCCCUUUUGGUCGUCAACACCGAUGCCGUUGUCGUCGUCGGACGCGCUGCAGACGGGCAGGUCAGACAGGGAGAAGCGGUUUCGCCGCAUCUUCCACAAGCGGCUGGGUCAGCAGCGGGUCGCAGACUGGCUCCAGACGUCGCAAAACUUCCAGUCCAAUGCACUGCUUAGUGUCUUUUAA